AUGUUUACGUGUAAAAUAGUUUGGCCAAGGUGGCCGUUUAAAUGUUCUGUAAGAAAUACCAGUACAACACCCGAUAAUAAAUCUAUUCAGCCACCGAAUCCGAAAAAAAUAUCAAGUGAUAUGGUUGGUCCACCUGAUCCAGUUUCUAACCUUCGGCAAAUAAUAUUUAAACAACCAGCAAACGAAAGUGAUCUAGAAAAGAAAUAUAGGAAAAUGAGAACAGAGGUUCAAGAAUGGAAUCAAAAUUUUUGGACACAGCAUAAUUCACGAUUUUUUAAGGAACGUGAAAAUUACUUAAAGAACAACUUACCAGAAGGAAAAUCUAAUUUAACUGCUGAUGAAAUGAGUGUAUUUUACAAAGCCUUUUUGGAUAAAAACUGGAAAGGUCAUAUUAAUUAUAACAUUGAAUGGUAUAAGAAAAAUAUAACUUUACUUGGACUAGCCAUAACAAUAAAAUUAAGGAGAAUUUUUAAAAUAAAAGAUUAA